AUGGAGAGGCAGCAGACUAAUACACUUCAAAACUUUGACGAUCCGAAAACAGAAAUUUUGAAAAAAAGAUUAUUAAAAGCUGCGAACUCUAACUUUAGUACUAAUUUGACGCAGAACAGUUCGCAGCAUAAUGUGCUCUUAAAUACAUUGCGCGCGCCGAUCUCGAGCAGCAUGAUCGUGUCCUCGGUGCAGGCGCCUCAGAGCUCUAUGUCAAUCCCUCACAAUUUAGUUACACAUUCUAUAGCUCCUGUGAAAAUUCACACUAAUAAUUCUCCAUAUCCAUUGCAACUUUCAACUGUACAUGUACCAGUGCAAAUACCAGGUUCCACUUCUAAUAUUAAUGUCCCUGUUCAAUUAUCAGGUGCUACAAGCACAGUACCAUUACAAAUAGCUCCCGUCAGUCUUCCAUUGCAAGUUUCAGGUACUACAAAUGUACCAGUUCAAUUACCAGCUGGUGAAACAAUUAAUGUUCCUCUGCAAUUACCAACAGCUAGUCAGAAUAUUCAAUUGACAGGACAAACAUUGCCAUCUAUGCCUCUUUUGCAAAGCCCGGCGCAGCCACUUCACAGUUCAAUAAUUCAUGUCCAUAUGGGAUCAAAUCCCAGACCCACAAAUAUUGAGGCAAAUUCUGAUAUGAGUGUGUCAAGUUCUACUCAGCUCCAACUUCCAGAUUCAUCUGCGGUUCAAGUAAAAAUGAAUAAUUCCACAUCAGUAUCCCAAGUACAAGUUGGUGCUAACUCUGCUGUUGUACAAAUCCCCAACUCCUCUAACAACCCUAUACAAUUGUCUUUACCCAACUCUAAUUCUGGGACUGUACAGCUACGAGGUGGACCUAGAACUGUCCCUCAUGUAGUUUACAUACAAACACCAACUGGUCUGAAACCAGUUACAAGUACAGAGGUGAUAAGCCAAGCCAGCACUAGUGGUAAUCCACCACAAAUAAUAGUAAGAAGACCGGUUACCAGUAAUUCCAAUAUUCAUUUAAUAUCAAAUAUGAACAAUAAGCCAAAUAUUGCACAAAUUCCAAAAGUGCCAGUCCAGAAUAAAUCGUCUAUUCUAGCCCCUGCAAAUGUUUCUCAACCAAUUGUAAUCCAAAAGCCCAAAACAAAUGAUAAAAUGAUGGUUCCAGUCAGUAUUGCUCCAGGAGCCCAAGGAAAACAGGCAAUCGCUUACCUAGGAUCUGUAAAGAAAACAAAUACAAAAAGCUUAUCAGAAAAUCAAUCAAUCCUUAUAUCGAACAAUCAAUCAAAUGUUAAUUCAAAUAAUCAAAAACUUUUCUUGACUCCUAUGAAUAUGCCCAAGAUACAAAACACUAAAUUUAUUUUGCCUGUAACAUUGCCAGCCACAAUGGCCUCAAAAGGUCCAAUAAUCAACUUACAAAUUGCUAAUGGACAAAUUCAAAAUGAUCCUCAAGGAAACAUAACUGUUAUGAGAGAUACUGCGACUAUGGAGACAUCAGAAAUGCCACCGUUGCAGCCUUUAGCAACAUUAGUAAAUGUAAAUGGGAAGGAUAAUGCAGUGCCACAGAGUCCUAAAAAUGAUAAAUCAUUUGCAAUAUCUAUACCUGGUUCAAGAGCUGAGCCUACUGGAGAGCAGGGUGAAUACACUUUAUCAAUACCUGAAACAAAUGCCUCUAUGAAUGAUGACAUUUAUACAGUGUCUAUAGCAGAUGAAGAAGGUGGCCAAACUCGAGAGAAAUCAUUUACUUUGGCCAUCCCAGAGAAAAGUAAAAGUUUAUUAAAUAAAAAUGUUAUUGAUAGAUCUGAGGUUGGACCCGCCCCUGUGGCUGCCCCAGCAAUUCUUCGGCGUUCUAAUUCUGAUAAUAGUGAAAGAAAAAUUUCAAAUGCAAGUAUUAAGAGACGCAUUUCACUUUGCAACGAAAAUUUAUCAAAUAAAACUAUCAAGCUUUCGAUUCCACAGAUAAAAACAGAUAAAAUGGAAGCUAAUACGGAUACAGAUAUGAAUGAUGACCAUCGUGUGCCAUCUUUAUUUUGUGAUGAGCAAUUGGACAAAGAUUUGGAUAUUAGAACUAAUGUUGAAGAUUCUGAUCCUGAUGAUAAUAAGGAAAAAAAUAAACCGACUACAGAUAAAACCAAUGAUGUUUUGUAUAACCAACAUUUGAACAAAUAUAAUUCAAAGGAUAGUAAAAGAGGCAACGAUAGUAGUGAGCCUAGUUCAGAAGAAGAUCCUCCAGGUUUGCUAUGGAGCAAUGGUAUUGCACAACUACAGGGUAGCAAAUUACAAUUCCAGACAAAUGAAUUUGGUCUUAUCGACUUGGUUGAAAGCAGUGAUCACGAUACAAUACUUAUGAAUCCGAGUGCCAAAUAUCAUACGCCAAUUAAACAACGAAUAGAAAGAAACAGUAGGGAUAAGAAGCCUACGUCACCAGAGGAUUUAUACCGUUGCGAUGGGUGUGGGUGUCACGGAAUGGCGGCGGAGUUCAUUACUCCUAAUUACUGCAGUUUGACUUGCCAAACAGAAGCCCAGAAGAUAAGCCAGAAGAAAGAAAGAGCGGAAUUGGCGAAAAAAAGGCAUAAAAUGAAAAAAUUGUUGAUGAGAAAGCAACUGUCUGAUUCAGAUUUGUUGCAAGAAACUAAGGACGACAAAGUUUCUCUCAAACAUUAUGAGUCAACACCAGUUGAAACCCAAAUAUCAGAAGCUGCAUUACUUAAAAUGGGUGACGAUUUAAUUGAGGAUGAGAAAUAUCCAUGGAUGUGUGGUAAAAAUGGAUUCUCAUGGAUGCGCUAUCUAGAUAUUUGUAAGGCUAAAGCUGCACCUGUCAAGUUAUUCAAAGAUCCAUUCCCUUACAAUCGAAAUCGUUUUAAAGUGGGCAUGCGUUUAGAAGCAAUAGACCCUCAACACCCUUCGCUCUUUUGUGUGGUAUCAGUGGCGGAGGUGCAGGGAUAUCGGAUGCGUCUACAUUUCGACGAAUAUCCUGAUCUGUAUGACUAUUGGGUAAAUGCAGACUCUAUAGAUAUAUUUCCGCCUGGGUGGUGCGAGAAGAAUGGGCGUUUGUUAACACCACCUGCUAGUUACACAGUGGAGACGUUUUCUUGGCCGUUGUAUCUGAAGAAAAUGCGGGCUGUUGCUGCGCCGAGACAUCUCUUCCCUCAUAUUACGUCUACAAUGGUAAAACCGAACGGCUUCCGCAUCGGAAUGAAGCUAGAAGCUGAGGACUUGCACAACGAUAUGGUGUGUGUAGCAAGCGUGGCAGACAUGCUAGAUAACCGGCUGCUGAUCAACUUCGACGGCUGGGACUAUGUUUAUGACUACUGGGCAGACCCCACGUCGCCCUAUAUACACCCAGUCGGCUGGGCCAAACAGAAUGGAUACGUGUUGACACCACCCAACGAUAAGGACCCUGAGUCAUUCUCGUGGGUUUGCUACCUGGCUGAUACGAGGUCGACGGCGGCGCCCCCGCGCGCCUUCAAACCUCGCGCUCCGCAGGGCUUCAGGCCCGCCAUGAAGCUCGAGGUGGUGGAUCCGAGGGUGCCGUUCCUGAUCCGCGUGGCUACGAUCGCCGAGGUGAAAGGCCACCAGGUGCGCGUAACGUUCGACGGCUGGCCUGAGGAGCUGUCCUGCUGGCUCGACGACGACUCGCCCGAUCUUCAUCCGGUCGGCUGGUGCCUGAAGACCGGACAUCCAUUGGAACCGCCCUUGACGGUGGAGGAGCUGCGCGUGAGCGGGCCGUGCGGGGUGGGCGGGUGCCGCGGGCUGGGCUCGGUGCGCGGCGGCGCGCACAAGCAGCACGCCGCCGCCUCCACCUGCCCGUACCGCGCGCGCGCCGCCGACCCGCCCGACCGCCUCGCCAGGGUACCAAAUAAAACACUAAAACCUUCGAUAGAGAUCAGCACGCCGACCAGCGACACUACUAAAGAAAAAUUACCACGUGGACGGCCGCCUAAACAUAAACGGGUCGAACUUGCUAAAAAUGAGCAUGGGUCCGACGACGAGUCGCUGUCGAGCGGUGCGGGCGGGGUGAAGCGGUGGCGCGGCGGAGAGGGCGAGGGCGAGGGGGAGGGCGAGCGCACGCCGCCGCCGCCGCGCGCGCCGCUGGCCGCGCACGUGCAGCAGCUGCAGCUGCCGCCCGACCCCGUCGCCUGGACACAGAAGGAGGUGGCAAUGCUGGUGGGGCGCGUGGCGGGCGGCGGCGCGGGCGCGGCGGCGGCGGCGGCGCGGCUCUCCGGCGCCGAGCUGCUCAUGGCCUCCUGCGAGGAGCUGGUCGCCUGCCUGCGCCUGCGCCUCGGACCCGCCGUCAAGGUAUACGCGGCUGUGCGACAGCUUCGGGACUCACUGACGUGA